UUUGCACGUGGAAAGAAAAAUCGCACGUUUUGACAUUAUGACAGAAAAUAAUGAAACAAAAGCCUUAAAAAUCGACAAACAAAUCCUUGAUAAAUUCUGGACAUUAUCUGAAUCCAGCUCUGCAGAAAUCAUCAAGGCAACAGAUCAACUGGUGGUUCUAUUGAAGAUAAAGCAAAAACGAAACACUGAGACUGAAUUGUCAGAAGAAUUGGAAUACAGUGUAAAAAGAUUGGUAAAAGGUUUAGCCUCUAGUAGAGAAACAGCACGACAAGGCUUUUCUGUUGCUCUUUGUCAGAUUCUGAGAAAGUUUGAUGUAGUAACAGUGGAAGAAUUUUUAAAUUUGAUAUCUAAACAUUUAAAGUUACCGAAGAAAGAAUCUAAAGCGGAGAAAGGCAGUAGCUUUUUAGGAGAAUCAUUAGCUUAUUUGACUUUGAUACAAUCAGGAAGACUUCUACAAGGAGAUGGACAAUUUAUAAAGAAAGUAAUUAGAGGAUUACUGUGGGUCAGUGAGAAACGAGUGUACCUCAAACAGAUCUGUUAUAAUGGCAUCCGUCUUAUUGUUCAACAGAUCAGCAGUGAAGAUUUUGAGCAGUAUGCUUGGCCAGAGAUAGAAGGAGAGUUGAAGACAGGAUGGGAAGGCUGCUCAGCAGAUGUAUUCAGUCUAUUGAUAACAUGCAGGAAACACCACUCUGAAUUGGUAAACAAACAGUUUCUUAAAGAACAUUGGAAGACAAAGAAAUUAUUUAAAGAAGAUCACUUCACUAAAUUAUGGAAUAUUUUAAUGGAAGGAACAUCGUGUGAUCCUGUGAUUCAUCACAUCAACAAGGUCAUUGUCCAGGAACUGGUACACAACAAAUGCUCAUUAGGACAGUUUUGGCAAGCAGGACAGGGGAUUGUGUUUGGCAAGUCACAGGUCAAACUAUUGAACCUUGGUUUCCAUAUGUUGUUAGAGUUACUUCCCUUGGUCAAAACAGCUGAUGAGAUGAGACAACUCUUGUCACGAGAGACAGUCAAAACAUGGGUAAAGAAUGUUGAUGGAAAAUUAAGGGAUCUAAACCCCCUGCUGAUAGUAACUAAAACUUUGGGCAGUGAAUUUGUUAAUGUAAUGAAAUCCUGUGACAACAGUGAUAUACAAAUAGCUAUCAUGAAAUGUAUUGUACAGACAGAAGGGUUUCCUGGGAAUCAAACAACCAAAACAUUGGAUAGUCUUGUACUUCAGUUGAGCGCAGAAGCAGCAAAGGAUUAUGGGAAUUAUUUAAUGCAGACCUUGAUUCAGCAAAUCAGGUCAGUCGAUCCGCGACCUAUUGGUAUGAUGACAUCAUUACACAUGCUUAUUCACCUACGGACUCUGGUCACGUUAUCAAGCACAGCUGCUGACCACAAAUGGCAGCUACAAUUGCUAGAGUUUUUAAUGCUGCAUUCAUAUUGGAAAGUCAUUAAAGAAUCAAAAGCUAUCAAACAUUGUAACCAUAAAUGUGAAGAAAUGCCGGACAAGAUAAGGAAACAGUUCCAAGAUAGUUUACAUAAAUCUCUGACACAACUAAUUACCUUCAAAACUGAAAAUUCCAAGUCAUUAUCAGUACAUGCAUACAAAGAUACAAUUUAUCUUCUGGCCACAUAUGUACAGACUUUAUUAGAUGACAAGACAAAUACUGUAGCCCUAGUCAAACUGAUGCGUGAUAAGGCAAGAGCAGACUGGGAUACGGUUUUCAAGCAUCUGAAAGAAAUACAUAGUAAAGAAGAUACAGCAGUCAACCAUGCAUUUGAAUUAUUGUUCCUUUUUAAUGCCAUACAAAUAUUUACUGACGGCAGCACAGAUAAUUCUGGCUUACAGGAUUUGAUUGUCUGUUAUAAGAAAGCAUCAGAAAAAAAACGUAAAUCUGUAAGCAAGACACCUAAAAGAGAACCUGCUUGGAUUGAGGUAUUAACAGAACUGUUGCUAAGCAUGAUGUCACAAGGGUCAACAUUUGCUAGAAUGGUUGCUAAUAAUGUCUUUGCUUGUAUGGCAAAUCACAUUACACCUGAAGCAAUGUCUUUGAUUACAGAGGUAUUAAAAGUGGAAAAGGCAGGUGAAGAUAACAGUGUAUUAGAUAUAGAGGAUGAUGAAGAAGAUAUGGAAGAAAUGGAAUCUGAUGCUGAAGAAGAAGAGGAGGAUAAAGAGACAGAAGAUGUGGAAGAGUCUGAUGCUGAUGAGGAUACAGAUAGCAGUGAGGAGGAGGAAGAUGAAGUUGAUGAAGAGUUCAGGGCAGCUAUCAAAUCGGCUUUAGGCCCUGCUGCUGUGGAGGAGGGGGAUGAGGAUGAUGAAGAAGAGGAGGAUGAAGAUAUGAGUGACAGUGAGAUGUUUAAGUUAGAUGCUGCCUUGGCAAUGGUGUUUAAAAACUCCAAGAGAAACAAAGACAAGGAGAAAAAAGAAACACAAAAACAACUCGACUCUUUCAAAUUAAGAGUACUAGAUUUGGUAGAAGCACUGGUCAAAACACAGCUUUCUCGUGAUCUUGUUUUGGAUUUAUUGUUUCCACUGUUGGAACUAAUGAUGCAUGGAGAAAAAGUGAUAGAAAACAGAGAACUAAGUAAUAAGGCCACUGGAGUUUUCAAACAGUUGUAUAAAAGGCAAAAGGUACACGGCAGUGUAACUGUAGGAACAGACAGAUGUUUGGAAUCUUUAAAGUCUGUGAUUGAAAUGUCUAAAACAGUAAUUGAUAAAUCCUUGCUGCAUUCGGUAUCAGAUGCCUUUUUCCUAAUAACAAAAUUAUUGAUAAAUGUUGAACCCAGUGACAUUGCAUCACCCAAGAAGACAAGGUCACAUCAAGACCAAGAGGACAGUUCAGUCAACAAAGAACAGGAACAUGAAAGAUUACAUAAAGAAGUUAUCAGAAUAUUGGCUGAAGAAUUAGAGAUAUGUUUAACUAAAAAGAACAGUAAAAUAAAUAUGGCAUUCUUUACCAACAUCGUGUCCAAAGCUCCAGCAAUAUACUGGCCUUUGGCUAAAACAUUAUUUAAAAUACUGAAAGGGGAUGAUCCUAAAGGAUUCUUUAAAAUCCAGGCUUGUUCCAUGUUAGCAGUGAUCAUCAAUAAAACUGUUCAAGAUAGUUUGGGAGAAACUGAGUGGGACAACUUUACUACAGAGUCUAUACAGGCCAUUGAAUAUGUAGUGAGAAAUUUAGACAGAAAUGAAAAGAGUAAAUUAUUGGAAGAAGUAGUUCUGGUACUGAGCAGGCUGUUCCCAAUGUCGGAGAAAGCAGUGCUGUCAAAAGAUAUAGUUAAAAAGUUAUUACUACAGAGAAAGAGGUUCCCCCCAAAUUGUAGAAAAUUGUGCAAUAAAGUAUUGAAUAAACACCAGUCACAUAUAAGUGCCCAGUCUCCAAAACAGAAAAGAAAAUCAGAUACAGAUAUACAAAUAGAACAGAUAUCAACAAACAAGAAGACAAAAAUAGACGAACAAUAAACAUAUAUAAUGUGA